UGCCCAGGUCCAAAUAGGGUGUGCCAUCAGCGUGCCCCCUUGUAUUAGGUGUCACCAUCAGAGUGCAACUUUACAUCAUGUAUUCCCAGCACAUCAGGUGUGCCCAUCAGAGUGCUCCUUUACAUCAGUUGUCCCCACCAGAGUGCUCCUUUAUGACAGGUAACCCCAUCACAGUGCCACUUUACAUCAGGUAUUGCCGUCAGAUACCCCUUGACAUCAUAUUUCCCCAUCAGAGUGACCCUUUACAUCAUAUUCCCCAUCAAAGUGCCCCUUUCCAUAAGUUGUCCCCAUCAGAGUGCCCCUUUACAUCAGGUAUCCCCAUCACAGUGCCACCUUACAUCGGGUAUUCACAUCAGAGUUCCCCCUUA